UCGAAAUUUUCUCCCUCAAUCUCUCUCUUCUCUCUCUCUCUCUCUCUAUUCUCUACAUAAUCGUUCUUUCUAGAACUCCAAAGCUCUGUUCCAAUUGGAUAUUUCAGUUCUCUCUCUCUCUCUCUCUCUCAGUACCUCUGUUUGUUUUUGCUCUGCCUCUCUUUUCCGGGAAAGUUGAUUCCUUUUUAUUUUCCGUUACAAAAUACCUUCGAUUCCGACGUUAUAACUCGGAGAGGCCACCAAUCUUUUCCCCAGAAAACAUGGGUUUCUGUUGAAAGAAAGCAAUUCGUUACUUCUCCCAAACUUCCACUCAUUUUCCCACGCUUUCUUUGUUCCUUCAAAAUCCAUAAAAUUCGGACCCUUUUUCUUUAAUUCUUAGAGUUUUGCUUUCUGGGUUUGAUUUAGCUUGAAGAAUUAACGCUGAAUCGUCGCGACGUUUUACCAUUAGUGCGUACCUUGAAUUUUGAUCAAAGCAGAGGUUGAGGUUUCUUUAAGGUUGGUUGAAAAGGAAAAAAAAAAAAAAGAAAGUGGCAGAGGAAGAGGAAAACGACCAUUUCCUUUUUACUGUUUUUCUGUUUGGAAACAAUUUGCUGGGAUUCGAAUUCUCCGGUGUACGGAAAGGUCGUGGAAUUUGCAACAUUGCCAACGAAGACACUCUAUGUGCGUGUGCGCGUGAGGGAAAGAGAUAGAUUUUUAGUUCCCGUGAAAUUUGCUGUCAAAACGUCAAAAAAUAGAAGUCUUUGUAUACCAAUUUUUUGUAUACCUCUCUCUCUAAAAGGGAAAUCAAAUCCCGACAAGUUCUCUCUCCCUCUCUCGUUUCUCUCUCUAUCCUCUGUUUAUCUCUGUUUCCUGGGUUUCCUUUGUUUUCAGGGUUAGGAGAGAGAACUAAGACUUUCUCUCUCUUUGUCUCUCUCUCUCUCUCUCUCUCUCUCUCUCUCUAAUUUCUCUAAGAAUUAUGAUCUGUGAUAAAGUUUCCUCAAUGGAAUCAAACCUUGAAUGCUUCCUCCAUUGCACAACCCCUGUGGUCCAAUCCCAAUUUCUUCCCAAGACUGAGAUUAGAAACCUUAAUCGUCUAUGGCAUCCAUGGGAGAGAGAAAAAGUUGAAUAUUUCACCUUAGGUGACCUUUGGAAUCGUUAUGAUGAAUGGAGUGCAUACGGGGCUGGAGUUCGAAUCGUCUUGAACAACGGCGAGACCUUAGUUCAGUACUAUGUGCCUUAUCUCUCUGGAAUACAAAUUUUCACAAGCAGUUCUUCUGUAAACGGUUUGAGGGAAGAGAAUGAGUCCGGGGACUAUGAAACGAGGGAUUCCUUUAGCGAUUCGUGCAGCGAUGAGAGCGAGAACGAAAAGUCAUGGAGAUGUGAUGGAUGUUCCUCAGAGGAUGGAGGGUCUGAGCAAGAUAAUCUUUGGUCUUCGAAUGAUAGAUUGGGCAACCUUUAUUUUGAGUACUUUGAGAGAUCAACUCCUUAUGCUAGAGUUCCUUUAAUGGAUAAGAUUAAUGGAUUAGCUCAAAGGUACCCUGGAUUGAUGUCAUUGAGGAGUGUGGAUCUUUCUCCAGCUAGCUGGAUGGCAGUUGCUUGGUAUCCCAUUUAUCACAUUCCCAUGGGAAGAACUAUAAAGGACCUGUCCACAUGCUUCCUCACUUACCACACCCUUUCAUCUUCAUUCCAAGAUAUGGACCUUGAAGAUGAGCUUGGGUGCGCCGAAAGAAAGAGAAAGGAACGGGAAGGAAUCUCUCUUCCUCCAUUUGGUUUGGCCACUUACAAGAUGCAAGGAAACGUGUGGGUCUCGGGCAAUUGCGGCCGGGACCAGGAGCGGCUGGUGUCACUUUUGAGCGUGGCAGAUUCAUGGCUAAAGCAACUAAGGGUUCAACUCCUGCACCAUGACUUCAACUACUUCACGGGGAUCAGACGUGGUUAAGACCACAAAACUUUAUUUCACUUCCACUUGAAAGGGGUUGACCACUGAAAUCCUUUUUCUUUUUGAUCUUUGGUUUUGUGCUCUUGGUUGGAGUUUUAGGCCUUCGAGUGUGAGGAUUGUAGUUGAUCCUUCUUGUCGUUGAGCUUCAUUGACAGGCUUACAGUUAGGGGCCGGCUUUAUGUGAAUGCUACUUGUCGUUGAGUUUUUACUCUUUGUAGACUGAUGAGUGAGAUCUGAGAGAGAUGGAGGAGAGGAUCUUCAACUAUCAACUUUUUAUGGAUUCUGUAAUAUAUACUCUUCAUCACAAUGGAAUCCUCCGGGAUCAGGAAAAUGCCAACAGGUUGAGGCUGUUGAGCCAUUUCUUUUGUA